GGGAGGGUCUCAGAAAAUGAGACCCUAGCCCAGAAGGAACAGGCAGGUGAGCGUUAGGAAGGAGAUGCAGUGGGUUAGAAUGAUGGUUCUGCCACCUCUCGAGCUUGGGGCCUGGGGGUGGGGGCCAGUUCUUGAUGGUCCAAGGAAAAAGCCUUGGGGGUCUCAAGCACUCCUGUGAAGGAGGCUACUUUGAGAGGUUGGUAAGAAGGCCUGAGGAGUGGAGAAAGCCCUGCUAGGGAAUGGUUUGGGUGGUUUGGGUCAAGGUCUCUGGUGUCGGGGUUGGCGGGGUAUUAGGUUCAGUGUAUGGAAGGAAAGACUGGCCUUUCUGGGUGGCUUUCUUGAGGAGAAGGGACAACUGAGGGUGGGGAGCCCUGGUAAAGAUUCAGUUAUUUUUCCCUUGGGCUCUAAAAAUAGCCUCUUCAAGAUCUCAGGGGUUGUGCCUCUGAAAAAGAGCCCCAGUACCUGCUCUGGGCAUUUCAUUAGAUAAAGCCCCAGGUUCAUAUCCAGCCCCUUGUGUUUGGCUUGUGUUUUGACCUUGGACCAAUAGCUUUGGCUCUCUGGGCCUCAAUUUCCUUUUCUGCUGAGGGAGGUGGGGGUGGGGGUGAUGGGAUAUUCCCUACUUCCCAAGGUGUUGAUAAAGAUUAAGUAAUAAUUGUUUCUAAUAAUAGCUAACACUGUUUGAGCCUGAUGCCCAGGGCUUGAUGAGUGGGUUGUUAAGUCUUUUGGACAAACCAGGGUUGUUACUCUACCCGCUGUAUAGAGGAGGAAACCGAGGCCUGGAGUCCCUGAGUCACACAGAGCAAGUGAUUGGCAGUGUGGGGAAUGGAUGCAGAGGAGAAGUUGAAGGCUUGGUGGUAUUUUUACCUGCAUCCAUUUUCCCUACCAGGGCCAAUUCCCGUCCCCCCAGCAGCAUGGCGUCCUGUGCUGAGCCCUGUGCUGCAGGCCCUGAACCCACUGCCCCGCCACCUGCUGGAGCCCCACCACUUGAGGACUUCGAAGUGUUGGAUGGGGUGGAAGACGCAGAGGGCGAGGAGGAAGAGGAGGAGGAGGACCUGAGUGAGCUGCCACCACUUGAGGAUGUGGGGCAGCCCCCAGUGGAGGAGGCCGAGCAGCCCGGGGCCCUGGCCCGAGAGUUCCUGGCCGCCAUGGAGCCUGAGCCUGAGCCCGCCCCAGCCCCAGAGGAGUGGCUGGACAUCCUGGGGAAUGGGCUGUUGAGGAAGAAGACGCUGGUUCCAGGCCCACCAGGCUCAAGUCGCCCGACCAAGGGCCAGGUGGUCACUGUGCAGCUGCAGACAUCAUUGGAGAAUGGCACACGGGUACAGGAGGAGCCGGAGCUGGUGUUCACCCUAGGCGAUUGUGACGUCAUCCAGGCCCUGGAUCUCAGUGUCCCACUCAUGGAUGUGGGGGAGACAGCUAUGGUCACUGCUGACUCCAAGUACUGCUAUGGCCCCCAAGGCAGCAGGAGCCCAUACAUCCCCCCACAUGCGGCCCUGUGCCUGGAGGUGACCCUGAAGACUGCCGUGGAUGGGCCUGAUCUGGAGAUGCUUACAGGGCAGGAGCGAGUGGCUCUGGCCAACCGGAAGCGGGAGUGUGGCAAUGCUCACUACCAGCGGGCUGACUUCGUGCUGGCUGCCAACUCCUAUGACCUCGCCAUCAAGGCUAUCACUUCUAGCGCCAAAGUGGACAUGACAUUUGAGGAGGAGGAGCAGCUUUUGCAGCUGAAGGUGAAGUGUCUGAACAACUUGGCAGCCUCACAGCUGAAGCUGGACCACUACCGUGCAGCGCUGCGCUCCUGCAGCCUUGUGCUUGAGCACCAGCCUGACAACAUCAAGGCACUUUUCCGAAAGGGCAAGGUGCUGGCCCAGCAAGGUGAGUACAGUGAGGCCAUCCCCAUCCUGAGAGCAGCUCUGAAGCUGGAACCUUCCAACAAGACGAUCCAUGCAGAGCUCUCAAAGUUGGUGAAGAAGCAUGCAGCCCAGCGGAGCACAGAGACCGCCCUCUACCGGAAGAUGCUGGGCAACCCCAGCCGGCUGCCUGCCAAGUGUCCUGGCAAGGGUGCCUGGUCCAUCCCAUGGAAGUGGCUGUUUGGGGCAACUGCUGUGGCCCUGGGGGGCGUGGCUCUCUCUGUGGUCAUCGCUGCCAGGAACUGACUGCCCACGUGGCCGCCAUCCCCUCCACUCAUGGUGGACCCUACCCUGCGCUCCCUGACUCCCCCAGGCUCCCUGUCCACUGCCCUAACUGGCCUAGCCCCCUCCUCUGGGGCGGGGACAGUGAGGUUUGGGGGUUGUGUGGCCCAGUGAGCAGGAGGGACUGAGCCCUAUAGGAGGAAAAUGAGGCAGGGCCUGGGCCCCAUGUCCAGCCCAGAGUGAGGGGGCCCUCAUUCUUCCAGACCCAAUUCCCACCCUUACCCACACUCCCCGGGUUAGGUCUCAGCUGGGGCCAGCCUCAGUUUCUCUUUCCCGACAGGCCUGGGGGCAGCCCUUCCCCCACCCAGUCCCUGUCCAAGCACCAACUCUUCCUGCCCCGCCUGCUGCCCUCUGUCCAGGUCCCCCUCCCUCCACCCCCAGCCCCAAACACAGUGAAAUAAAGCCUCCCACCCGCA